UUUUUGGAGAGCCGUAACACUAGGGAACUCCUGCGUCGAGUCACAGGACAAGAUGGUGCUACGACGUGACAAACGGUUGCGAUGGUCACGCCGCCGCACCGCAGCAAAUUCUCUCCGGCUCUCUACUUCUUCUUCCAUGGCAAGCCGGUGGGCAAAUCGAUCCUCCUCCGACGAAGACGACCCGAAGCUCCCCGACGACGUCGCCGUCGAGAUCCUGAAGCGAUUGCCGGCGAAAUCUCUCCUCCGAUUCAGGAGCGUCUGCCGAUCGUGGCGUUCCGCCAUCGACGACCCUCGUUUCGUGGCCCUCCACUUGAGCCACUCCGCUCUCGAUGCCUCCAAUUGGUACCUCGUGAGCGUAGAUUGGUGCGAUCGCCUGUGCUCUCUGUUCUCCGAGGGGCCUCUCGCCCUCCCUCCCCUGUCGCAAAUCGCAAUCCCGUUCGUUACUCCUCCCGACUGUUGCAUGAUCGUCGGUUCGUGCGAUGGUCUGAUCUGCGUCGCGGAGAUUUCCGGCCAUGGCUUUGGUCGGACGAUGUAUUUGUGGAAUCUGUUCACCAGGAAGCACAAGGCGGUUCGACCGUCCGGUCCGGAGCAUCAAUUUUCUUUCAUGGAGACUCCUCAUGAAGCUCUAGGGUUUGGCUUCGACGCUAGGUCGAAUGACUAUAAGAUUGUGAGGAUUCUCUAUGUUUUAGAUGACGAUGGCCGAUGCUUCGGUGGGAUGGAGCCUCGGGUCGAGAUUUAUUCGCUCGGCGCACAUUCCUGGAGAAGCUUGGCGUGUGAGGUUCCUGCUCUCUGUCAAGACGACCCGGCGGCCUUCUUGAAUGGGAAUCUGCACUGGUUUGCUUCCAAGUUCGGUGAUCUUGGGGAGGAGGAGGGUGGGUACGGAUCAAUAGUCUUGUUCGAUGUUGCAGGUGAGGUGUUUGAUGAAAUGGCUCUGCCGCCGGAAGAGAUUUCUGACGCAGACUCUGACGCUUUGGUGAUGUCUCUGGCAGUAUUAAAUAACUUGCUGGCUGUUUUCAUUAGUUUCAUAAAAGCAGCUGUGGAUCCCGAACUGCAUUCCGUUUGUUCUGUUUGGGUUAUGAGGGAGUACGGCGUGCCUCAGUCUUGGACUAAGCUGUAUACUUUUAAGGCUUGUGGAGUGGUAGCAGGAUUUGAUGGCUUCACGAAGAAUGGCGAGCUUCUGAUGGAACUAGAUGGUGGAGAACGAGUUUCUUGGAAUCCAAUUACAAGCCAAUUCACAAAUCUUCCGCUAUUGACGGAAUAUGAUCUGGUCACUGUCGUGGAGAGCCUCAUUUCGCCUUAGAGAUGAUUCGAUUGCUGCUACACCGAGUGUUUGCCAGAAUGUUUCGAGAGGCAAUACGAGGAUUUGUGCACACAUAUAUCAAGAGGAGGAUAUCUUUACUGUUGUUAAGUGGUAAGAUUGAUAGACUGUAUAUCCACUAUCGAAUCUAUUUGAGACCUAAGGUUGUAA